CUCUCUGCAUGCAUACGACCUUACAGUCUCGUUUGGGCGACAAGUGGAGCUGACCAGGUCGCGAAUAACGACUCGAUGGCUCGAGACUGCCAAGGCCGCUCCAGGGACAUCUGUUCUAUGCGCCGCAUUCGUCGGCUCGUCUGUCCGUCAAAAUUGUUAGGGAGAGGCAUUCCAGCUCUCUCUCUUAUCGCACUGGUGCUCGCCCCUGCCAUUGCAGGGCAGACUUCGCCUUGCGUCGCGCCUCGGUCCAUUGGCAUAUGUGCGUCUACUAUCAGGCCGUUCUCAGACAACGCCUACGUGUGGGAAGGACCGUGUGGGAUCCCCGCGCCAUCGAAUCCGAACGUGCUCACGGCAUCGGACGUUGAGUUUUACGAUCCCCAAUAUGGCUGUGACACCAACGCCGGAUACCCUCUGACCUGCUGUGCAGAAUCUACUUCAUGUGCAACCUACAUAGACUGCACCGGGCCCGAGACGGCGCCUCCCGCGGCUGACCCUGACGCGUACCCGCCGGAGCUGGCGUCGGGGUGGUCGGUCGACAUGCCAUGCGCAAUAGACAACCCGCAGCGCGUGCUCGCGAACGCGAUCGUGUCGUACCUCCCGGGGAACACGCCAUACGCCUGCACGACCCUGUGCGCUGGAAAGGACUACGCGUAUGCGGGGGUCGAGUACGGUGAUGAGUGUUACUGCGGCACUGGCUACGUCGACGGCGUCAUGCCGCCGGCUGCGGAACUGUCGGACUGCAGCAUGCUCUGCUCCGGCGGUUAUUACUACUAUUGUGGAGGGUCUUGGAGAAUGCAGAUUUACAAGUUUACUUAGUGAGCUAGGGUUUUCAGCGAAGGAGCGAGUGUAUUUACAUAGGGC